CGCCCCGCUUCGCCCUGCGCUGGAGCCCGGAACUUCGGGCGCGCGGAACUUCGGGGCCGGAGCGCCGGAGCGGCGGACCCGGAGCGCGAUGGAGCGGGCGCGCGGGCCGGGGGCCGAGGCCGACGCGCUGGAGGACGAAGAGGAGGCGGGGGGUAUCAUGGCCGCUGUGGUUGCGGCUGCUGGUGGCGCGAGUCCCGCCGUCCUGCAGGUGGCCGUCCUGCAGGUGGCCGGCCUCUAUCGGGGCCUGUGCGCGGUGCGCAGCCGCGGCCUGGGCCUGGGGCUCGUGUCACCCGCGCAGCUGCGCGUGUUCCCGGUGCGCUGUGGCUCGGAACGGGCCGCUGGGGGUGCGGACGGCAGCGGGGUCCGGGAAGAGCUCAAGGCCAACCCCUUCUACGACCGCUACCGCGACAAAAUCCAGCAGCUGCGCAGGUCUGACCCAGCUGCUUUUGAGUCCCGACUGGAGAAGCGCAGUGAGUUUCGGAAGCAGCCAGUGGGGCACUCCAGGCAAGGUGACUUUAUCAAAUGUGUGGAACAAAAGACAGACACCUUGGGAAAACACCCUAUGAGCAGAGGAUUCACUAAGGACAAGACUCUCAGUUCAAUCUUUAACAUCGAGAUGGUGAAAGACAAAACUGCUGAAGAAAUAAAACAGAUUUGGCAGCAGUAUUUUGCAGCAAAAGAUACAGUCUACGCAGUUAUUCCUGAAAAGAAGUUUGAUUUGAUCUGGAACCGGGCUCAGACCUGUCCAACAUUUCUGUGUGCAUUACCAAGAAGGGAAGGCUAUGAGUUCUUUGUAGGACAGUGGUCAGGUACUGAACUCCACUUCACUGCACUUAUAAAUAUUCAGACCCGAGGGGAAGCUGCAGCCAGCCAGUUGAUAUUAUAUCACUACCCUGAACUGAAGGAAGAAAAGGGCAUAGUGCUGAUGACAGCAGAAAUGGAUUCCACAUUUCUGAAAGUUGCUGAGGCACAGUGCAUUGCUAACCAAGUUCAGCUCUUCUAUGCCACCAAUCGGAAGGAGACCUACGGAUUAGUGGAAACCUUUAACUUCAGACCAAAUGAGUUCAAAUAUAUGUCUGUCAUCGCUGAAUUGGAGCAAAGUGGACUUGGAGCAGAACUGAAAUGUGUCCAGAACCAGGAUAAGACUUAGGGCUGUAAAAGUUGGCUCCUUACAGAGCCUGCUCAGCCCUGGAUAGUCUAGAGCCCACCUACCCCCUUGAACUCUCAGGACCUUAGCAUCGACAAUGAGCCCAGUGUUGCUUAUGCAAGAAGUAAUCAUGAAGAUGAGCCCUAUUUUUGAUAUCCAGAAACAAAGGUACCUAAACAUUCUGAUAAUUAUCUCUCAGUAUACCUGAGAUUUCCUUUUUAAGUGUUUGAGGUCAUAACCAGACAGCCAAGGAUCUGCAGGAUGGUGAACUUGAUUUUACACAGUGUAACAUUUUGUUACAAGUGCAUUUGCAUUCUGGCCAUUUUGACUGCACAGCUCCCAAACGAUGAGUACUUCAUCUUUAUAAACUGUGACAGGAUAAUAAGCUUGAAGACCCGCUAUAGUUAGAUGUAGGCUUUGCAUACUCUGCCCAUGUGCCAGUUUUUGGCCAAAUGCAUAACCCAAAUAUCCUGUUUAGACAACCAGAUAUCGCCAUCAGGAUUAAGAGUUCAUCUAGAUGCCCCCAGAGUUGCCUUUAGUGUAGCUGGUUUGAAGUAUUAGUAGAUUCCAGCUAUAGUUAAACACACAGGUAUAGUGCCUGUGUAUUUUUAAACCAUAGUUCAUGGUACCUGCUGCUCUUAACUCUGCCCUUUAGAAGCUAUCUUGUAUUUGAAGGGGGCGAAUCAAUGCAGUGUGAAUAAACCAACUUUUUUGUAAGGAGAUGAUCGAUCCAGAUAAUGCAUGUUUUUGUGUUUUGCUUUAUAAAAAAAAAACAACUCUAAGCUGUGCCAGUAUUAUAUGAAAAAAUGGGUGGAAGAAAAUGUUCCCAGAUUAGGUGUAGAGAAAAUAUAGCAAUAAAAUUAAGUCUGGCUUACUAUGUUUGUUACAUUAAACAGUGAAGUCUAAGCUAUGUGCUGUCCAUACUGUCAGUAUUACAGGCUGAUUUAAUCAAAAGUCAUCUUUGGACUCGGUAGUUGCGUGAAACACAAAAAAUAAGAAAGGAGGUCUCCAGCACAGGAAACUCACAUUUGGUUUAUAGUAUCACUGUUAUGGCUCCGCGCUCAGUGAUAGAAGAGGGUGGUAGUUACACACCAGACUUCUGAACCUGAGGCCCCACCUCCCAUUAUUGUCACCAGCUGCCUUUCCUUUUCUUGCUCUAACAUGCUCCACUUUGUCUGCUGCUCCUGCCUGAUAUCGGGUUGUAUGACACUGAAUAUGGUGAGUGGAAAUGUAACCAGUACUUACAAUUGUGUAUGUGUUUUCUUCAUUAUAGUCGGGCCUGUCCCCAGGCUCUUUAAAUGGACUUGGACUUCCCAAUUAUUUUCUGAGCUGUGUCUAUUUUGUUGUGCUUCUGAGUCUGUGUAUAGAAGGAGACUGGCAGUGUUUGUUUAACCUGGAAAAGCUGCUAGCCUUUCACAAUUUCUCUAAAGGUUGAGUUGUUUCCUAAUGCAAAUUCUGGACCUGCCUUUCCUGACAGUUCAUUUUUUGAGAAACUUGAGUCUGGAUAUUUUGAGUCCCAGGAAUCUUUAGCACCAGGUGGAGUUGCUUUCAUGAGUAUCCACUUAUGUUUGCUUUUUCCUCCAAAUGGACCCAGUUCUUAGCCAUAGUACAUUUUCAUAAGACCUCCACCAGAGGGUGAGAAAAUGAUGGGAAAAGAAAUAAGCACUGGCUGCUUAUUUGAUCAUUCCUCCCAGCUUUGCCCUAAAUCCCUACUUGCCAAAGAAGGAUGUACCCACAAACAGUUGCAUUGGUCAUAAUCAAAGCUCCAUCUGGUUGUUCUUUAUAUUUACCUAGCAAGAUCUGGCAAAGAACUGAAUGAAAAUUGUAACAUCAGUAAAUCUGUCCCCUGGUGCAGGCUGGUGAUAUAGAAAGUGGACAGGCUUUAGAUAAAUGGACCUGGGUUCAGAUGUCAGAGUUGCAAUUCAUUAGCUCUAUAAUAGUGUACAAAUUAAACUCUAAUUAUGUUUCUUCAUCUGUAAAAUAGGAAUAAUAAUAAUAAUAAUAUCUACCUCAUAGGAUUAUUGUGAGAAUUAACUUAUAUAUAACCUACAGGAGAGCUUAACAAAUGUCAACUCCCUUCCUCUUCUCUACUUCCCCUGCCUCUCAUUAAAGACCAACACAAAUUAGCAUUUACAGAUGUCCAGGUCAUUCUUCAUUCCAGUUGAAAGAUCAAACCUUAUCUCACAGGUUAUCAAACUUUAAUAAGCUGCAGUAGAAUUACCUUUAGCACUUCAAAAUGCAGGUGCCCAAGUCCCAAACCCCAGCCUACUGAAUCACAAUCUUUGCAGAAAGUGCUGGGAAUCUGCAUUGUAAUAUGUGCUGCAUGUGAUUCAAAUGUAGGUAAUUCACCAGCCACACUUGGAGAAACAUUGCCUUAUGUGUUCUUCACAAAAAAUGCCCAUUAAUCAGGUCUUCCUUUCCUAUGGACAUUACCAGUAGAAUCGGAUUCCUCUGUCCUUUGCCUCCCACAGUGGUCCCUUUGCAUACUCUAUAUUUAUUUGUGUAUGUACCUUUUCUCCCCACUAGACUGUGAGCUUCUUGAGGGCCAGGGUUUAUCCAUUCCCAGUGCCAAGGACACGGCCUGAAACAUAGAAGAUACUCAGUUGUUUGUUGACUAAAUAAAUGGCAUGGAUUUUAGCCAAAACAUU